AAAAUAUAAUAAGUAUAAUGGCUCAAAAUCAAAUGAACCCAAUCAUCAAAAAUUUGUUCAAAAAGACAACCGAUUUUAAUGAAAACUUCCAUAAAAAUUUGAAAAAUAUAAUUCAUCCAAAAUUUGCGACAAAGACACAAUCUACUGAUCCCCAACCGCGAAGGAGAUUUAAACCGAAUAUGCCAGGAAACAGUCUUCAUCAAACAACUAAUAUUCUUUCCACUAGCAUUAAGAGUAGUCGAAGUCGUAUGCUUAAUCCGAGUAGUCCCUUACACCAGAAGAUGACUACAAAGAGAUUUAAGCCAAAUGUGGGAGAUGCUAUCAGCUCAAACCUCACCUCAUCGAUGACGAGCUCUCUUCAUGAGAGCAAUGAGAUUUUCAGACAUCCCCCGUCAUCGCCUAGUCUUUCGUACCUCUCGAGUAACACCGAUGGCCUUACGAGUGUUUCUCCUCUGAACAGUGUAUCCCUGGAGCUUAACAGGGCUAACUUGAGCUCCUCGAAUACGUCUAGUACAACUAAUUCCCUUCACCUGGACAAGAAAAUUCAGAAUCUGAGUGACGAGCUAUCUGAGAGUCGACUGCAGACCAAUGAUGAGUCAGUCACCUCUGAGAAUGCAUCCUCUCCGAGGCAUUCUAAGGAGACAGACAAUGAGCUAUCCUCAACGUAUUGAGUUUGAAGAUGGUGAAGCAAGCAAUUCUUCAGCCUCGACUCUACCAACUCUUUGUGCUAUCGCUGUAAUAUCAUGCUUAAAAAUCAUGACAAGAGAGGAAACAAAUGCGAUCGAAGUCUUUGUCGAAUAUGUAGACGGUUAGUCGAGGAUAACCGUAUACGUAAGGCCCUGAAGUAUCAAUCAGACCUACAGAAGCAAAGAGAGCAGACCCAAAAGUCUAUCUUUGAGCAAGCUAGAGCCAAGAUGCUUCAGGACCUUAAGACCGCCUGCGUUUCUGACACCAAAUCCGAGCUCAAGUUCGGAGACCUCUUCACUCAGGAGGAUACUUUCUUGGCUAAAGUCAGAACGCAGGAGUAUAUGGAAACUAUUUGUUUUUAAAUCCCUUAGCCAAGAAGAGAAGGACUGGAUGUACAAGGAAGCCCUACUUGUCUACCAGUUUCUUGAAAUGGAUCUUGAGAAAGCUCAAGAGAUCCUUGAUUGUUUCAAUGUGAAGGAGAAAAAGUCUGGAUUCAAAAAAGUAGCACUGGUGCUCCAUCCAGAUAAAAAUAAGCAUCCUAAGUCCAAGGAAGCUUUUCAAAAGGCCAUGCAGAUAUUCAAUAAGUAA